AGCGUCUAUUCGUGUCUUUGGUCGGCGAACAGGAAAAGUUUAGACACGGCUUCGGUAUUGACGUUUGCAUUCUCAUCUGCAUCCGGGCGAGAAACUUUGGGGCGUCGGCGUUCGUUGCUGGUCUCUGAUUUGUGUGGAUCUGGAUAUCACUUGGUGAGCAAUUUUCUCAGUAUUCUCACUUGAGGCAUGGUAUUCCUUGUCUAUAGCAUCCCAUCAUCUUGCGGUGCACAUCUAUCCUGGUGUACCUUCAUCCCAUUCGUUUUGUUUAGUGUCCCUGGCAUUUUCUCGACCUUGACGCAUGGUCAAUCUUCCCGUACCAUAACACAGUUCUUCAGGCCUUCGUUCUUGUAUGCUUGCAAGAAAUCAGAACCAACCGGUAUUGUUUGGUACGAAUGCGGGUGUUCGUUGGUUGAGCGAAAAUAUACCUGUAGUGUAUCAUUCCACUUGUGCUGGGCAGAUAUGGCAUAUGCUUGUAGUGUGGGAGAAACAUGUGUUUCGGACGAAGCCAAGUGGAUAGCAACGCCAAGUUAUUCUCUAUCGUCGAAAAGCCUGUGCAUGGAGGGUUCUGCUGUUGCGAACAACUUUGAUUUUGUUGCUGACAUGGUUUGUCCUAAUGAAGCAUUCCGUCCAGUUACGCAUUCGCAUCUUCCGUCCACUGCCUAGCAACUAUUUCUAGCGACGAAUUGGAGUCAAGUCCUCUGAAUCUCACACUGUGGAACAUCCCCAAACAACACAUAAGUCAUUAAGCCAACGUACCAACAUAAUCGACAUAUUUGGCAAUUGGUCAAAGCGCCGGAGUCUGAACGACACGACCCAUCAACCCUGUCACAUUUGACAA